CCUAUACCUCCCAGAACUGAGAGAAUGGCUGUUGAUCAGGACUGGAGCAGUGUUUAUCCAACAGCAGCUGCAUUUAAGCCUUCUGCUGUACCUCUCCCGAUUAGAAUGGGUUACCCAGUGAAAAGAGGAGUCCCUCCACCAAAAGAAGGCAACUUAGAACUUGUAAAGAUCCCCAAUUUUUUGCAUCUCACUCCUCCUGCAAUUAAGAAACACUGUGCAGCUCUUAAAGAUUUCUGCACUGAAUGGCCAAGUGCUUUGGACAGUGAUGAGAAGUGUGAACAGCAUUUUCCUAUUGAAAUUGAAACAGUAGAUUAUGUUUCUGCAGGCACAUCUAUUCGUAAUCCCAAAGCAAGAGUGGUGACUUUAAAAGUUAAACUUUCUAACCUGAAUUUGGAUGACCACGCAAGGAAGAAGCUCAUUAAACUUGUAGGAGAGCGGUACUGUGAGGAUACAGAUAUACUCACAAUUACAACAGACAGGUGUCCGCUAAGAAGACAGAACUAUGAUUAUAGCAUACACCUUCUCACAGUUUUAUACCAUGAAUCUUGGAAAACUGAGAUGUGGGAGAGUGAGAAGACUGAGGAAGACAUGGAAGAAUAUAUCUGGGAAAACAGCUGCUCGCAGAAAAACGCCUUGGAUACAUUACUUCGAAUAAAAGCCUCAGAGAAUGUCAGUAAUGUAACUGAGGAAGAGCUUCUUGCAUCUGAAGUGGUUAAGAAUUACAGAAAUUCUGUAAUUGCCCUUAAAAAUGAAGGUGAAACAGAAGAUAACAUGUCUCAGUAUAAGGAAUCUGUGAAGAAACUACUGAAUAUACAAACAUGACCAUGAAAACUGACACUGCAGGUACACCUGGUUGUUACGGAAAUACUAAACUACUAUGUUAAUAUUUCUAUAUCAUGGAUACAUAA